AUGGCCGGCGCCGGGCUGCAUGCAGCGGCCUCGGCCGCGGCCGCUGCCUCCGAGCACGUGAAGUUAUUGAAGGGCUGGCGCGUGAGCGAUGGGACUCUCUCACUGGCGGAGGUCAACGGCUCAAUAAAGUGCCCGGACGUCGCAGGGGCCUGGUAUGCGAAGGCAGCAGCAUUCGCUGGGCUUGGGGGCAUGAUUGCUGUGGGCUACAUGGAUCCUGGUAACUGGGCCACUGAUCUCGAGGGAGGUUCCUCCUUCGGCUACAAGCUGCUCGUCGUGAUCCUGCUCUCCAAUUUUGCUGCCAUGUUCCUGCAGUCCCUGUCCCUGAAGCUGGGAGUCGUCGCUGAGCGGGACCUGGCCCAAGCCUGCCGCGACGCUUACCCCAAGGCAUGCCCCUUCACAAAAGGGUGGAUUAUGUGUAAGUGGGUGUGGCUGGUGUACAUUCUUUGGAUUCUUGCGGAGAUCGCGAUCUGUGCCACGGACCUGGCUGAGAUCAUUGGAUCGGCAACAGCGCUGAACCUGCUCUUCAACAUCCCACUGUGGGCCGGCGUCAUCAUCACAGCCGUGGAUGUGCUUUUCAUCAUUGCCUUUGGCAUGAAGAAUUUCCGAGUCCUGGAGGCCUUUGUGCUGCUGCUGUGCGCGACCAUCUUUGCCUGCUUCGUGUAUGAGAUGGCAGCAGUGAAGCCCAACUGGGUCGAUGUUGGCAAGGGCUUCAUCCCCGACCCAGAGAUCAUCACCAACACUAGCAUGCUGUACGUCGCCAUCGGUAUCCUGGGCGCCACGGUGAUGCCGCACAACCUGUACCUGCACUCCAGCAUCAUCCAGACGCGCGCGUAUCCGCGCACCGCCCUCGGCAAGAAGAUGGCCGUCCUGUACGGCACCUGGGACAGCACGCUCUCCCUCCUUGUAGCCUUCUUCAUCAAUGCCGCCAUCCUCAUCCUGGCGGCUGCAGCGUUCUUCUAUGGCAAGGAGAAGCACGAGGUGGCGUACAUCAGCGACGCCUACCGCCUGCUGGAGCCGGCCGUCGGCAACACCGCAGCCAAGAUCCUGUUUGGCGUCGCGCUGCUCUGCAGCGGCCAGAACUCCACCAUAACUGGCACCCUGGCAGGUCAAGUGGUGAUGGAGGGCUUCCUGAAGAUCCGGCUGAAGCCCUGGGUGCGCAGGCUUCUCACCCGUCUCAUCGCCAUCAUCCCUGCAGCCGUGGUGGCAGGGGUCAUGGGAGACGCCGGGGCUGGCAAGCUGCUUGUGCUGAGCCAGGUCAUUUUGUCGCUCACCCUCAGCGCAGCCGUCAUUCCCCUCGUACACUUCACCUCCUCCAAGUCCAAGCUGGGGACAUUUGUCAACGGCUGGUUUGCCACAAUAUGCGCCUGCCUGCUUGCUGCCAUCAUUGCCGGGCUCAAUGCCUACCUUGUGAUCUCCGCUAUCAUCACCAAUGAGUUUGGCGGCAUUGGGGGAGUCUGA